AUGGUAGUGAUCUCUCAAAUGAAGAAUGUGGUUUAUGAUAGCAAUUGCUCUGCGAUUGCUCUGUUUGUCUUGCACGAGUGCGGAGAGAAAAGAAAGGAAGUGAAGAGGUUUAGGUCCAUUUCGAGUGACAGAAUCGAUAGUAAACCCAUUGGGAGCUUUGAAGAUGAGCCCAGAUCACCUUUCGUCUUCUUCCUGUACUGUAACCAUAACCUUCCUCUGUUUCUUGACAUGUUUGCAUUAAAAACUCAUCAUCUAGAGAGGAUUUUAGGGAAAGCUACUGUGGGAACAUGGUGGAUGCUAGUAGAAUAUGUUUCACUGUGUGGAAGAACAUGUCAGGAGAGGAUUGACAUGUCCAGGAAUGUGUCUCCGAGUUCAUCAGCUUCAUCACCAGCGAGCAUGUCUUUCUUAUCGAACAUGGAGCUUUAG